AUGGCAGGGAAAUCCCUCAAGAAGUCCUCCACGCCGGGCGUGAGCAUCUGGCAGCUGGUGGAGGAGGUGCCCAAAGGCUGCAGCACGCCCGACUUCGUGCAGAGGCCCAUUGCCUUGGCGCUGCAGGAGGGGAAGAACGCCACCUUCCGGGCUGUGGUCUGCGGGGAGCCCAGGCCCAGGGUGCGCUGGCACUGCUCCAAAGGGGACCUCAGCAGCUCCAGCAAGUACCAGGUCUCGUCCGGCACGGGCAGCAGGGAGCACGUGCUGCAGAUCAAUAAACUGACCGGCGAGGACACCGACGUGUACCGCUGCACUGCAGUGAAUGCCUAUGGAGAGGCCACGUGCUCGGCCAGGCUCACGGUCAUCGAAGUUGGCUUUCGGAAGAAUCGGAAGAGGCCCAAGGAGCCCCAAGAGGACCUCAGGAAGGAGCUGGUGGACUUCCGGAAGAUGCUGAAAAAGAGGGAACCGCCUCCCGCCCCCAAGAAGGAGGUGGACAUGGAGCGCGUGUGGCAGCUGCUGAUGACGGCGGACCGGAAGGACUACGAGCAGAUCUGCCUCAAGUACGGCAUCGUGGACUUCCGCGGGAUGCUGCGGCGGCUGCAGCGGAUGAGCAAGGAGCGCGAGGAGAAGCUGGCGCCGUACCUCAACACCAUCGCCAACCUGAGACAUGUCCGGGUCAACAAGGAGGGGAUCGCAACCUUUGGCCUGGAGCUGGACCUCAAGAGUCCUGAGAGCAAGAUUUACCUGUACAAGGAUGGCGAGAUGGUCCCCUACGGCUUCGACAACCAGACCAAACACAGUCUGCGGCGUCUGGGGAAGCACUACCAGUUCCAAAUCCAGGACCUGAAGCCGGAGGACGCCGGCAUCUACCAGGUCCGGGUGGAGGAUGCCCACGUCUUCACCACGGAGCUGGAGGCCAGCGCCAUCCCGCCCCACGUGGUGGUCCCGCUGGCCGAUGUCCGCUGCGAGGAGCGGGGGGACGCCAUCUUCGAGUGCACCCUGUCCAGCCCCUGCUCCAGUGCCACCUGGAGGUUUCAGCACCGGCCGCUGCACCUCAGUGACAAGUACGAGACGUUCGUGUCCCCGGACGGGCUGAGGCACCGGCUGCUGGUGCGAGGGGUCCGCUUCUCCGACAUGGGCCUCUACUCCCUGGGCACCAAGCUCCAUGCCUCCAGCGCCUGGCUGGUGGUGGAAGCUGGGAAGGAUAAGAGCCUUCUGACCACAAGCGCUGACCACCAGAGACAGGCACAAGAAGCUGGCAGAGACGGUGGGUCAGACGCCUACGGCCAGAGGAGGGACGCCACCCUGAGCCCCAGGUCCAGACGCAAGCCUGGCACCGGUGGCUUCUCUGAGGAUGCCCGAGGCCCCGCUGGCCACUUCUCCCAGGGCCUGGCUGACAUGGAGGUGGAGCGCGGGGAGCCUGCCGUGCUCUCCUGCACCCUCACACGCGACCUGGGCCCCGGAGCCUGGUUUAAGGACGGAGUCAAGCUCAGCGCCCAGGAUGGACUCACCUUGGAGCAGGAUGGGCUGGCGCACAGGCUUGUCAUCGCCCAGGCGGAUGGGACGCGGGCCGGGAGGUACAGCUUUGCAGCCGGAGGCCAGCAGAGCGAGGCCACGCUGACCGUCCAUGAUCCCCCAGUCAUCGCUCCGGACGUCUCCGCGAAGCUGCGGGAGCCACUGGUGGUCAAGGCUGGGAAGCCGGUGACCAUGAAGGUCCCCUUCCAGAGCUGCCUCCCGGUCCAGGCCACCUGGAGGAAGGACGGGGAGGAGGUGGCCGGUGGCAGCGGCCGCGGCGCCCAGGUGGCCGUGGGGGACGGCUUCACGCGGCUGUGCCUCCCCAGCGCCAGCAGGCAGGACCGUGGCCAGUACAGCGUCACCCUGAGGAGCCAGGGCGGCUCCACGCAGGCCGAGCUCACCCUGCAGGUCCUAGACAAGCCACAGCCCCCGCAGGGCCCCCUGGAAGUGCAGGACGGCCACGGGGCUGGCCUGAGCCUGCGUUGGCGGCCCCCUAAGGAUGACGGCGGCCGGGCCCUGGAGCAGUACGUGGUGGAGCGGCGGCAGGCCGGCCGGAGCACGUGGCUGAAGGUGGGAGAGCCCCGCUCGGACAGCACCAGCUUCACGGACGCCCACACGGAGCAGGGCAAGAAGUACGCCUACCGCGUGCGGGCCGUGACCGCAGAGGGGCCCAGCGAGGCCCUGGAGUCCGAGGAGGUGCUGGUGGCACCUGAGGCUCGGCCCGGGCCCCCGUCCCCGCCGUCCAUCCUGUCAGCCUCCAGCCAGGGCGUCACUCUGUCCUGGACGGCGCCCCGGGGCCCCGGCAGCGCCCACAUCCUCGGCUACCUAAUUGAGAAGCGCAAGAAAGGGAGCAACGCCUGGGUGGCCGUGAACCAGAAGCCCGUGCCCGAGAAGAAGUGGACGGUGGGGGACCUGCGGCAGGGCUGGCAGUAUGAGUUCCGGGUCACGGCCGUGGCCCCCUCCGGCCGGGGAGAGCCUGGACCCCCAUCGGAGGCCGUCUUCGCCCGCGACCCCAUGAGACCCCCGGGGCCGGUGAGGGAUCUCCAGGUCACGGACACAUCGCACACCAGCAUCACCCUGAGCUGGGCUCGGCCCGACAGCCAGGACGGCGAUGAACCGCAGGGCUACGUGGUGGAGCUGCGGGGCGCGGCCAGCCCGCAGUGGGGCCCGUGCCACGCGGGCACCAUACCAGGCACCACCUACACAGCCAAGGGGCUGCGGCCCCGGGAGAGCUACCUCCUGCGGGUGACGGCCGUGAACGACGGGGGCCCCGGCCAGCCCACGGCCCUGGGCUCGGCGGUGGAAGCCAUGCCCGUCUCGGUCCGCCCCAGGUUCUGCAUGGACGCCAGCAUGAAGGACUUGCUGACGGUCAGAGCUGGGGACACGGUCCGCGUGCCCGUCUACUUUGAGGCGGCGCCCACCCCGGAGGUGACCUGGCUGAAGGACGGCUUGCCCUUGCCUAAGCGGAGUGUAGCCUCGGUCAAGGACGGCCUCACCCAGCUCCUGAUCCCCUCGGCCAGCCUCGAUGAUAGCGGCAUCUACACCGUGGUGCUGAGGAGCCCGCGAGGGGAGGAGGCCACCUACAGCUUCCGCCUCAGGGUGGCAGCGCGCCCGCGGGCGCCAGGGCCCGUCGUCCUGCGGGAGGGCACGCUGGGCUCGGUGACCGUCGAGUGGGAGCCGUCCCCGGACGAGACGGAGGCGGGCGCCGCGCCGCUGCACUACGCCGUGCUGAUGCGCACCUCGGCCCACGCGCCCUGGUGUCCGGCGGCCGAGCGCCUGCACAACUGCCGCUUCACCCUGGUGGGCGUCCUCCCGGGCCACGAGUACCACUUCCGCGUGGUGGCCAAGAACGAGCUGGGCGCCAGCGAGCCGUCGGACACGCGCCAGCCCUGGGUCGUCCCGCGUCAGCCUCCGGACAAGGCCGCCGCGAGGGGCUUGAGCUACCGGGAGCCGGACCUGAGCCAGAAGCCGCGCUUCCUGGUGGGCCUGCGUCCCCACCUGCUGCCCCUGGGCACCGAGUGCCGCAUGACCUGCGCCGUGCAGGGCCAGCCGCGCCCCCACGUCUCCUGGUUCAAGAACGACCAGAGCCUGGCCAACCACCCCGCGGCGUACACCACCGACGUGAUGGGCGUGUGCUCACUGGUCAUCCCCAGCGUCUCCGCCACGGACGGCGGCCAGUACAAGGCGGUGGCCGAGAACACGCUGGGCCAGGCGGUCAGCACCGCCACGCUCAUCGUCGUGGAACCCAGGGAUGAGCCCCGCCGCACCCUGGAAUGGCCCUGCCCAGCCCCUCAGUUGCUGGAAGACCGCGGAUCCCUGAAGCUGCACUCCUCACGCCACGCCGGCCUGGGGAGCCCGUCCAAGGGGGUGGAGGAUGCUGGCCAUGCCCAGAGCCUCAGGGGGAGGCGAGCGAGGGGGAAGCUCCUCCAGGGGGGCGUGGAGGCUUCGGGGAAGACAAAGAGGAAGCGGGCAUUCAGACUCCCGGCCUUGAGCUGA